GUUUAAAUGUCUUAUCUUAAUGUCUUAAUCUCUCUCUGAUUUUUUUUAUUCCCUCUGGGUGUUAAUAAACUCUGGUCUGUCUGUUUCUCUCUGCAGGUCUGGAUGAUGGAUGGUGUCACUCAACAAUGUUCAGUCCUCUGGACAGCGUGGCCAAAGAAUUGGGUUCCCACCUUUUACAAACUCUGGAUGGAUUUGUGUUUGUUGUUGCCUCUGAUGGCAAAAUCAUGUACAUCUCUGAAACAGCAUCAGUCCACCUUGGCCUGUCCCAGGUGGAGCUAACAGGAAAUAGCAUAUUUGAGUACAUCCAUCCAUCAGACCAAGACGAGAUGACAGCAAUGCUGGGUCUUUGCCAGCCCCCACACCAUUACUUCUCUCCAGGUACAUAAACACACUUUUAUUUGCUAAUUUCCCAUUUUCCUCUUUAAUUAAACUAUUACAUACCUCUUUUCUUGAUUGAAUUCUGUAUAAUUCUUUAUAUAAACAAGGUACUCACUGUAUACUGUUCUGCUGCUCUCU